UGGCGGUGUUGAAAAGUUGAAAAAAAAAGCGAAGCACGACGAGGGCAAAGAAGUGCCGAACUUCUGCACAACUUCUUGUGCAGCUGCACGUAGCUGAUUCUGUGUCUGCGUUUUGGAUCAGGUUGAAGGUAGUACGUAUACGGUAAAUAACUUUAACUCCUUGUCCUUCACACCCAGACACAGAUAGAGCCGAUAAUUUUGUCGUCACAAGAACCAUGGCCGCCGUGACUCCGGAAUCCCCCCCGCGGGUUUUUCCCCGGGAAAUCUUCCGGACCGGCGUGACUGAGUACCCCGACGAGUACCUGAAGGCUAAGGAACGGGUGAACGAGCGGUCUCUGACGCUGAAGGACGGGCGGGUCGUCAGUUACUUCGUAUCCACUACAAAUAUGUCUGGGUCUGGAAGGAUGUGAACUUGUGAUGCGUGUUGCGGAGUAUGCAAAAAUCUGUGUUGCAUGACUUGCAAAAGGCGCCCACUUCUGGUCAUGCUGAGAAAGCAUUUCUCAUGCAGAAUAGGCAUCACCAAGGGGCUGCAGGACCUGUGAUGCUAGGCCCUGCAUUCCACAAUCAAAGGAGCUUGGAAAAACUGCAUGACAAAUCUCGGAGUCUUCCAGACCCAGACACACGCAUUUGCAUUUGAUACUUCACGGACGGCGACAAGUCGGCCCCGGGGGCCGUCCCGGUGAUCUGCCUGCACGUAUUGUAAGGAAAAAUCCCCCCUCCAUUAUCAAAACGAAAUUUCUGAUGCUGGAUUGGGAUACACAAAUCACAUUUAUGUUGCAGUAGAGGACUGCACGCAGAUCCUAAGCCUAGGCAAGGGCCCUUUGGUGUAGGCGCCUAGCAUGGUAGACGGCUACCCUGCAGGCCGCGCAGCAUUACAAAUCGCCUGCGUAUGAAUGUGGCGGACAGCCUGAGCGUGCCUUCUUGCAAGAGAAAUCCGAUUUGUGGCGACAAAUCUGCAUCACAAAUUUUCAGAAGGAUGCGCUUUCAUCAAUAUGGGGAGGGGGGGUUUUUCUAUGCAAUACCACGGGGGCGGCGAGGGGAAAUGGAGCUGGUUGCAGAAGACGCCGAUCGAGGGCAUCUACCAGGUGGCGUUUGACCGCAUGGGGUACGGAAAAUCGGACUUGCUUGAGCCGGUGAACAAGUACACCUUCGUGACCGCAUACCAGCACGUGCUGGAGAUCGCGGAUCAGCUGGAAAUCGACAAAUUCGUGCUGUGCGGGUUUUCCAUCGGAUCCUCCUGGGCCAUGCAGAUCGCCUGCCAGGACAAGGGCAAGCGGGUGCAGGGCCUGGUUCUCUUCGGCCUGAUGGCGGACGCGGGCCACCCGAAGAUGGACAAAAAAACGGUCGGGAAGGUGGGGAAGCCCCCGAAGUGCCUGGACCCCUUUACCGGCUGCUGCGGCUGCAUCAUCCGCGGCGAGUUCCACAAGUACGUGCCGAAAAACCAGAACUACGACUUCAAACUGGCGUUUUCCCGGGAGUCCACGCUAUCCUGUGCAAAAGUAUCGCUAUCGUACUCGUAUAAAUGCAUUACAAAUAAAUUUCAUUUCCUCAGCAUGAGAAAUAAGAUUUGUAUAUGCAGACUUUCCUUGGAAACAAGAUGUGUAAAUGCAAGACUUGCAUUUGUACAAGUACGAUACUUUUGCAAUGCAUACACGCUGCCCACCUGCAAAAUCGGGUGGGAGAAACUCAAGGCCGACCCGUUUUGGGUGUGCACCAAGGUGGAUUCCUUCCUGGCCUACAACCGCGGCGACGCGCUGAUGGGGGACGCGGCCCGGUCGCUGUUCAACCCCUGGAUGUUCGAUAUCAGCGAGAUCUCCAUGCCCGUGUACAUUUUCCAGGGCGCGGGGGACUACGACAUGGGCUCCUCGGCCCCCGCCGCGCCAGAGUUCGUCCACAGCAUGAUCAAAGGGUCCAAGAUGACCUUGGUGGACGGCUACGGGUAUGAUCCUGUGCACAAGUAUCGUACUCGUCAUUGCGAUUCUGCCUUUACAUAAUAAACCCGCAUGAGAAGUUUCGUUUUUUUAAAUAAGUAAAAAUUUGUGAUGCAGUUUCUACCAGCACGGUACUUUUGCAAUGCAUAGCGGGCACGUAUGCAUCACCGGGCCGAACGAACUCUUCCGGGAGCAAUUGUCGUCUUCGGUCGAGAAGAUCCUCAGUUGAGUCAGUAUCUACUUACUUCCGUGGUGUGUCGCGCCUCGAACUCGAUCUAUUACUAUUCAAAAUUUAACAUAUAACAUUAUCAUUAUCUGUAGCUAACAAAGCAGUUCAAAAUGAAAUGCACUUUAUCGACCGAAAAAUACACAGCUAGUCCGUUGUAUGAACCUGGUUUCAAAGAAGUGGAAAAAAACAAGCACUGAAUAUAGAUGAACGCAGUUCAAAUAAUUGAAUUAUCAAAGUUGCUUGUUUUUCGGAAGAAG